ACCGCUGCUGGAGUUUACUUGAGAAUUGCUGAUCUUACUUUUAACCUGCAGCUGCAAUGAUUUUUUCACAGUUGUAGCCAUGAAGAAGGAGAACAUCAGUCCCAGCUGUUUCCUGUUUUCAGUGUUGUUCUUGUUCAUGUGUUUUUCUCUUGAAUCCCAUGUCUGCUUUGCAGUUGAUACCAUCUCCUCCGACCAAUCUCUUUCUGGUAACCAAACAGUUGUCUCUUCUGGCGGAGUCUUCGAGCUUGGUUUCUUCAGACCAGGAAAUUCCUCCAACUAUUACAUAGGGAUGUGGUACAGGAAGGUCUCCCAACUCAGUAUAGUUUGGGUUGCAAACAGAGAAAAACCAGUCCAUGACAUAAAUUCAUCAGUUUUGAAAAUCUCUGAUGGUAACUUGGUUCUGUCGAACGGGUCCCGAGUGCCAAUUUGGUCUACAUAUGUAAGCUCAGGCUCAGUCAUCUCUAACUCUGCAGUAGCAGUGCUUUUAGACGAUGGGAACCUUGUUUUGCGAGACGGGCUCAAUUCGUCGACCAUACUGUGGCAAAGUUUUGAUCACCCUGCAGACACUUGGCUCCCGGGUAGUAAGCUUAGAUUUGAUAAACGAACCAAUCAAAGCCAAAGUAUUAUUUCAUGGAAAAGUCUUGAUGAUCCUGCACCAGGUCUCUUCUCUUUUGAGAUUGAUCCAUUUCAAACUAAUCAAAUUGUUACAGUAUGGAACAGGUCACAAACUUACUGGUUCAGUGGAACUUGGGAUCAACAGACAAUGAGCUUCAGCUUAGUUCCGGAGAUGAGAAUGGUGGCGCUGUCGAGUUUGGCCUUCAACUUCAGCUAUGUUUCGGAAGAGAAUGAGAGCUAUUUCAUUUAUUAUUAUUAUAAUUCUUCUACUAUAGCUAAAUAUUUCAUGGAUUCCUCGGGGCAGAUGAAGGAAAUGACAUGGUUGGAAAACAUAAAGCAGUGGACUGUGUUUUAUUCACAACCAAGACAGCAAUGCGAGGUAUAUGGGUUUUGUGGGGCUUUUGGCAGCUGCAAUGAGAAUCAGCCGUUUUGUAACUGUUUGAAUGGCUUUCAGCCCACUUCUCCACAGAAUUGGGAUCAGGAGGUUUAUUCAGGAGGGUGUGCAAGGAAGACCAAACUGGGAUGUGACAAUCAUAGUGUGGGUACUGGAAAGGGGGACCAAUUUUUAGAAAGCCGCUAUACAAAUUUACCUACAAAUCCACAAAAUACGAUGGCAGUUACCAGCAUGGAAUGCAAGGCAACCUGUAUACAGAAUUGCUCUUGUACUGCCUAUGCUUUCGAGAACAAUCAGUGCUCAAUUUGGAUAGGAGAUCUCUUCAAUCUGAAACAACUUGAACAAGAUGAUAUUACGGGAAAACUUCUGUAUAUCAAAUUGGCGGCUUCUGAGAUUGAUAGUGAAUCUAGUCCCACAAAUAAGAGGAGGGUGAUUGUCAUUCCAAUUGCGGUUUCAACAGGGCUACUCCUAUUAGGCCUUAUGAUGUUCAUAAUCAUGAAGCGGAGGAGAACAAUUAUCAGUCCAAAAUCAGCAAAAGGUUCACUUGUGGCUUUUGAAUACAGAGAUUUAGAGAAGGCAACCAAGAAUUUCUCUGAGAAAUUGGGAAAAGGAGGCUUUGGUUUUGUUUUCAAGGGAACACUGCCAGAUGGAAGUAUUAUAGCUGUUAAGAAGCUUGAGAGCAUCAACCAGGGAGAGAAACAAUUCCGUACAGAGGUCAGUAUAAUUGGAAAGAUCAAUCAUGUUAAUCUGGUCCGUCUCCGAGGGUUUUGCUCAGAGGGUUCAAGAAAAUUGUUGGUAUAUGAUUACGUCUCAAAAGGAUCGUUGGACAGACAUCUUUUCCAUGGAUUAGCUUCAGAACCUUUAGACUGGAAAACAAGAUAUCAAAUUUCUCUGGGUGUAGCAAGAGGCCUUGCUUAUCUCCAUGAGAAUUGUGUAGACAGUAUCAUUCACUGUGACAUCAAGCCAGAAAACAUUCUUUUAGAUGUUGAUAAUUUUCCAAAACUGGCGGAUUUUGGGCUAGCAAAGCUUCUAGGACGCGAGUUCAGUCGAGUCCUGACUACCAUGAGAGGAACAGUGGGUUAUCUAGCACCAGAGUGGAUUUCAGGAGUGGCCAUAACACCCAAAGCUGAUGUAUACAGCUACGGAAUGAUGCUUUUGGAACUUGUAUCAGGAAUGAGAAACUUUGAGCCCGCAAAUGACAAAGAAGGAACGUUCUUUCCAGUUUGGGCUGCUAGACAAGUGAGUGAAGGCGUGAAUGUCCUCAACCUCCUUGACGAUAGACUACAUGGAAAUGUGGAUUUAGAAGAGGUGUGUAGGAUUUGUAAAGUAGCUUGUUGGUGUAUCCAGGAGAAUGAAAUCCAGAGGCCAUCAAUGGGUCAGGUAGUACAGAUUUUGGAAGGAUUUUUCGAUGUAAGCAUUCCCCCGAUGCCACGAUUUCUACAAGAAAUUGGUAAUGACCGGAGCACAUAUAUUUCUUCACCGACAUAAACACAAGCGUCAGUCCAAAGGCACAUGCCAAGCUUUAGCCGUUGCUACUCCGACUAAGACCCUUUCACCCCGGAAUGAGUUCUCAAGGUAUAGAAAGGAUAUGAUAAAAUCUCAUGUAGCAUGUCUAGGUUUAGCAAUAAAUAGCUUAGGUCUAGUUUUACCUUGUUUCUUUGACCCUUUGAUUCCUAAGUUAUUGGUACAUAUU